AUGGAGAUAAUUUUUAAUGCAAAGCGGUGCCCUGAUCAGAGUAGGUUGGCCUACACUGAGUAUUUGCUGAUUAGUGAGGCUAGCCAUUGGUGGAGCAGCAUGAGAUCGUUGCUUGAGAAUAGUGAUAAUGUCAUAUUUGCUAAAGAGGUGGAAUUUCUACAGUUAGUACAAGGUGGUAUGUCAGUUUUUGAGUAUGCUGAUAAGUUUAAACAUUUUCUUCGUUUUCACACGUUGUACAUGGAUAAGGAGUGGCAAUGGGAGAGAGCUCAAGUUAUAGGAAAGACAAAGACGGAAAUGGAUAGUGAGCAAAAGCAACCUCCGAGAAUUGGUAGACUAUCUGGGUCGAAGCAUUGUCAAGUGACUAGGAGGACACCUUAUUCUAGACCUCCCUCUCAUGGGUCUAGAGGCUGUGGGAAAGAAGAGCAUGUAGUUGUAGACUGUACAUCAACUAGAGGGUCAGGAUCUCAAUCACAGAGGUCAAGUCUGUCUCAGCACAGAGGAGGUGGUAGACCUCAGGCUGCAGGCAGGCUAUCUACCAAUCGCAUUCUCAUAGAUUGCGGUGAGAAAAGGUUGUUGUUUCCUGAGAAAGAAGAGUCGGUUGUGUUGUCUUCAGGGCAGUUAAGGAAUGAAGUGAAGGAAGGGUCUUGUUGUUUCUUGGUUUUGACGCAUAUGGAAGUAGAUCAGAGUGAAAGGAGUUUAGAUCACUCAAUUGUGAGUGAUUUAUUGGAUGUGUUUCCUAAGGAAGUACCGAGGUUACCUCCUCAGAGGGAGGUUGAGUUCUCUAUUGAUCUGGUGCCAAGUGUAGGGCCAAUAUCAAUAGCUCCUUACCGGAUGGCUCCAUAUGAGUUAGUGGAGCUGAAGAAACAAAUAGAGGAGUUGUUAGAGAAACAGUUUAUCAGACCAAGUGUCUUGCCCUACACAGAGCAUGUUGAUCACCUCAGGACUGUGUUUGGGGUGUUAAGAGAGAAGAAGUUAUAUGUCAAACUGUUUGAGUACGAGUUUUUGAUGGAAGAAAUGUGUAAGUCUAGAUUUCAAGAGCUAAAGCAGAGGUUGACGAGUGCUUCGGUGUUGGUGAUUCCUGGCAUAGGGAGACCUUUUGAGGUAUAUUGUGAUGCCUCUUAUCAGGGACUAGGUUGUGUGUUGAUGCAGGAGAGGAAGAUUUGGAGGCACUAUCUUUAUGGUGCACAGUUCCAAGUGUUCAGUGAUCAUAAAAGCUUGAAAUACCUUUUUGAUUAG